ACACAUGUAAUGUGCUUGAAACGUUCAUUAUGUUCAUGUGUGCAACUGAGGGAGAUCAAGACUGACUAAAAAGAGUGAGAGAGAGAGAGAGAGAGAGAGAGAGAGAGAGAGAGAAAAGGAGUGAAAGAGUGGAAACUGAGAAGGACUGCAAGAUUCAUUUAAAUUUGUCAGUCUGUGAUGAGGAUGGAGGCAGUUGUGGACUCUGAUCAUGAUGGCAAUUGCACAGCACACCCAGAGAUGAAGGUCAUAAUAAUUGGUAGUAAAGCAGAAUACAAAAGCAAAGCAGCAAAUACCAUCCUUAAUUAUAAAGAGUUUAAAGUGGGUGAAGAGAUUGUGAAGAGUGAGAUGAGAUAUAGGAUGGUUCAAAACAGGUCUGUUACUCUUGUAAUGACACCAGGAUGCAUAGGAACCAUACUCUGUCAGAGAGCUCAGAGCUCACAAAGAUGGAGAUUGUACACAGUUUAGACAUGUGUCAUAGACCACAUGCCUUCCAUCUAGUCAUCAAUCUGCACACCCCAUUCACAGAGGUGCACUUAAAUGGAGUCAUGCAACACAUGGAGAUUCUUGGUGAGGAGAUCUGGAAUCACACCAUUGUGCUGCUGAUGUAUCUCAAAAGGAACCAGAGAAAUGCAGAUAACAGACAGCUAAUUGACAAAGCAAGUGAAGCACUUCAUGGGGUAAUAAAUAUGUGUGGGAACAGAUAUCAUGUCUUCAGUUUAACUGAGAGUAAAGUGUUAGAUGUGGAAAAAUUGUUUUGUGAGAUAGAAUGCUUAGUAGCACAACAUGCUGGACAGUCCUUUAAAAUUGACUACAGAUUGUUUGAAGAUAUGGAGCAAAAAAGAAGGAUGAUGAAAGAGCGAGCAGAAGAAAGAAAGACCCAAGUAACAAAAACUUUGAAAGAGCACCUAAAAGGAGAAAGUUGUAAUUUUCCAGAGUUAAGGAUUCUCCUGAUGGGUAGCAGUACUGUUGGGAAGACAUCAGUAGCAAACACCAUCCUUAAAAAUACUGUGUAUAAGUGGAGCAGAACCAAACAAUGUGAGAAGAGAGAAAAAGAGGAAGACAGACAAAAAGUCAUUCUCAUUGACACACCUGGAUGGUGGAUGUACUCAUCUGUGAAGGAGACUCCCAAGCCAAUCAAGCAAGAGAUCAUCUCCAGUUUGUCUUUGUGCCCACCAGGCGCUCAUGCAGUUCUGCUGGUUGUGCGGCCAGGUAUUGCCUUCACUGAGGCCCACAGAAGGUCUAUCAAGGAGCACAUGGAGCUGUUAGGUCACAAUGUCUGGAAUCACUGUAUAGUUGUGUUCAGCUGGGGUGAUUGGCUGGGAGCCCCCACUAUUGAAGAACACAUUGAGAGUGAAGGAGAAAAUCUGCAAUGGCUAAUCAGUAAAUGUGGAAACAGGUACCACGUCCUCAACAACAAGCACUGGAAAGAUGGGAAACAGGUCACAGAGUUGAUGGAAAAGGUAGAGAUAAUGGCCAGAGCGAAUACAAAUCUCCUAACACCUGUGGAGAUGGAUGACAGCUCUGAAAUACAUUUGGAGAGAGGAAGCUUUACAAUGGAACCACCUUAUAUGAAAGAAAGUGAAUCAGAAGAGCGUGUUAAGAAAUGGCUUCAGGAUUCGGAUAAAGUGUCUGACCAUGGGUUCGGAUCAGAAAGUGAGAUGGAGGGAAUUCCAGAGGAACAAAUCCAACCGUGGAUUCCACCUGACUGACUGUAAGAGGUACGGCAAGCAAAAAAAGUUUAAACAAUGUAUCUCAAAGCUUAUACUGUUGUUCAACUUUACAGAUAACUUUCAUAUUUGUUCAUUUGUUAAUGCAAUUUCUCAAACUGUAUUGGCUUAUAUAUGUAACUAAAAGAAUAAUUCUUAGACAUGAUAGAAAACAAGCCUAUUACUGUUGAAGAAGUACAGUAUGCCAUCAAAUUCCAUUAUAACAGAUGUUUUACAAUUUGCUUUUGACUUUGUAUGGUAUCAUAUAUUUCAAAUGUAUUUUCUCUUUAUUCAUCACCUUGCAUUUUACAUACUUAGUAAUGUAAGAAGAAGGUUUUUGUUUUUAAUUGUUUAUAUGCUUAUGUUUGAAAGUAUUUUUUAUUGAAAUAUAUUUAUUAUUGUAACAUCACCCCGCCUAUAAUGGGCCUUUACAAUGAGGAUUUCAAUUACAAUUCACAAUUAUGUGACUAAUCUCACAAACUGUCAUGUUAUGUCAUUUUAAUAUGAUUUUUCAAAAGUUGGAGUAAUCUCCAAAUUGUUUCAAAUGAACAUGUGUCUGC